CCUUUGCCAAUCAAAUCUGGCAGGUGCCUGCUGUUUUGUCAGAUGUCCUGCCCCUGCUUCCUCUCGCGGCCUACGCGAAAUAAAAAAUAUUGCUUGCCACAGCUAUUAUCUGUUAUUUGGAACAGAAACGUUCAACAUUUAGCUGAGUGUUUCAAUUUAACGAUACUGCGCUGCCAUCGGCUGUUUGCGUUAAACAACCGGCGGAACCGAAGCAAAUUUUUCGUGAGCGGCGCAAACGUGGAAACCGUGCUGGAAACAAGGGAAACGAUCGACGUGCAGGGAAUUCGUAAAGUGGCAUGAGUCCGCCCAAGUGACGUGGUGCUGCGGUGUCUGUCUGUAUGCCCAUGUGGUGAUAUGACGUGAUUUGAUCGAGUAGGAAUUGGCCGAUUUCAACUGCGAAAGACCUGCGUGAUCUUUACCAAAAGAUGAUGCGGAGGAACGUGCGGACCUUUGUCAAACUGCUCCUUGUGGCCCUUUUGGCCGUCGUAUCCACCAUGAUCACCCUGAGGCUGCUGGGACCUGCGGAGGACCUUCGAUCUCAGUCCUUGCCGAGCGACCCCCUAAAGGUGUUUGCCGUCACCAAGGAAGCAGGGGCGCAUCUUGAAAACUCUGUAACUGAGAUGGGCAGGCCCAAGAGUGGGCGGAUUGACUGGCACGACCAUGCUCAAAUUAAAGCAGAUAGCCUCAGAAAAGGACCUGGCGAGCAAGGCCAGUCCGUUGUCCUGAAGCCAGAGGAUGAGCACGAGAAGGAGGAGCUGUACAAGGUGAAUGGCUUCAACGCGCUGGCCAGUGACAAGAUGUCCUUAAAUCGGUCUUUACCAGACAUAAGACAUCCUGGCUGCAAGACUAAAAAAUACUUGGCCCAUCUGCCUGACGUGUCCGUCGUCGUUCCCUUCCACAACGAGCACCUGUCCACCCUCCUCAGGACGGCCAUGUCGGCCAUCUACAGAGCUCCGCCAGGGUUAGUCCGGGAAGUGAUUCUGGUCGACGACUUCAGCAACAAGGACAUCCUACGAAAACCUUUGGAGGAUUACAUCGACAAGCAUUUGCCCCGCGUCAAGGUUCUCCGACUGCCAGAAAGAUCUGGUUUGAUUCUGGCUCGUCUUGCCGGCGCCCGUGAGGCCAAAGGAGAGGUUUUGGUCUUCCUAGACUCGCACACAGAGUGUAAUGUGAACUGGCUGCCCCCUUUGCUAGACCCCAUUGCAUUGGACUACAAAACCUGCGUGUGUCCGUUCAUCGAUGUGCUCGACUUUGACACAUUCCAGUACCGCGCCCAGGAUGAGGGGGCUCGUGGAGCGUUUGACUGGGAGUUUUUCUACAAGCGGCUGCCUUUGUUGCCUGAGGAUCUUAAAAAUCCGACAGAACCUUUCAAGAGUCCAGUGAUGGCGGGAGGGCUGUUCGCGAUCAGCGCCCGCUUCUUUUGGGAGCUGGGUGGCUACGAUCCAGGACUCAUGAUCUGGGGAGGAGAGCAGUAUGAGCUAUCUUUCAAGAUUUGGCAGUGUGGCGGGCAAAUGGUUGACGCUCCAUGCUCCAGGAUUGGACACGUUUACCGCAAGUUUGCACCAUUCCCCAACCCACACAGUGGAACUGAUUUUGUUGGCAAGAACUAUAUGCGAGUGGCCACAGUGUGGAUGGACGAGUACAAAGAGUAUUUGCUGAAGAGGCGGCCGCAGUACCGCAAGAUCGACCCCGGCGAUCUGACCGAUCAGUUAGCCGUGCGCAAAAGACUGAACUGCAAGCCCUUCAAGUGGUUCAUGACUGAAGUGGCCUUUGACUUACCGCUCAAGUAUCCACCUAUUGAACCACCUGAUUUCGCCUCAGGUAAAAUCCGAAGCUUGGCUAUCCCAGACUACUGCGUUGAUACCAAGCACCACAACAAGGACGAGACAGUCACUCUAGACAAGUGUGGACAAUCUGGCAACUCUGAGCAGGAGUUUGUGCUCUCUUGGCACAAAGAUGUGAGACCCAAGGGGAGGUCGAUGUGCUGGGAUGUGCCUUCAGCCUCAGAAAAAAGAUCUCCAGUGAAACUGUGGGGCUGCCACGGUAUGCAAGGCAAUCAAUUCUGGCGCUAUUAUCCUGAGAAGAAGCAAUUGGUUCACGGGGGCAACCGUCUGUGCCUGGACUGCGACCGCGUCACGCAUGAGUUGUUUGUGACGGGCUGCGAAGAUGGCGUGGAGACGCAAAAGUGGGAAUUCGAAAAGCCGGACCUGAAGGCGCUGGCCAACUGGGACAACGCCGGCCCGAAGUAGCUUGUGCGUCGGUCACAUUAAAACUGUCUGUGAUGCGCGCGCGUAGCGGGAAUUUGUAUAUAUUUAUUUAUAAAAGCAGGCGCCCUCUGAUACAUAUGUACGCACAAUAUGAAAAAAAUGCGAGAAAGGUCCUCACGUGUCAUCGGCGAAAAGCCAGGCAAGUGCGGUCGUGAUCCUCUUUAAAAGGCUAGUUAGCGCGCCGCCGACUCAAUCUGUCUCUUUCUCUUGUGCCCGGUGCACUGUAAGUACCGUAGCAACAUUCCGAGUAUUUUUCUCUCUCUUCUUUAGCACUGUGGAGGGUUUCAAGCCGACUGCCUGAAACUUGGUAUGCAACCUGAACACACCACCCUGCUCUUUGCCUAGCCUCUGCUCAGGGUAAACAAACUCGACUUAAUUCCAUUUUAUAUACACACACUCGUGCCUCUUGACGGAAAUUUUCUCACGUCUUUUUCGUGUUUUUAAGUUUGCAUACCAAAGGUUAAUUGGUGUGAAACACCUCUUAUUAAGUUUUAUUUCCGGCUUCGAUCUUUUGUGAUUUUUGUGCAGUGAGACGUGAGCGUUUUAUUAAUGUUGUUUAACCUGUGUUGGUUCAAGUGAUUAUGACACAGUAUUUUUUGUGAGACUACUUGAUAGCAGUUAUUUAUUAUUAAUUGUCAAUCAAAAUAAACCGUAUUAAGAACAUUACAAAAA